AUGAACAACCUGAAGAACGGGUAUGGAACCAUGAUGUCGCGGCCGCUGAGCUCCUCGUCCAAUGGGUUUAUGCUCUCGUCGUUCGACAACGACGACUUCACUCGCCCCUACAACAACUCGCUCACGCCGCCCUCGCUGCCGAGCUCCUUCACGCCCAUGAAGAACAUGUACGGCGAGAACGGUGUGAUGAUGAACGACUUCAUGUCGGAUUCGGGCUACUCUCCGCGUGCCCAUUAUUCUCCCGUCCCCACAUCGCCCUACGUGGAUGCAGACAUCUCGCCUCGUCGUAUUCUCGGUGUGCAGAGCUCCGCUUCCAACUGCCUCAUGAUGCCCUCGGAGUCGCCUCGCAUCCAGCGCUCGAUGUCGACGCGCUCGCCCCCCUCCAGCUCGCUUUCCUCCACGCUGGAAGUGGGCGGCGGCAGUGGCGGCGGCUUCCAGCACUCCAGCAGCUUCAAGCGGAAGGACAAUGCGAAGAGCGCGAUGUGGCAGUCGAACGACAUCGACAGCUACCGGGGCCACAUCAAGGAAAUGUCCCACGACCACAACGGAUGUCGCGCGCUGCAGUCGUGUCUGGACAACGCUUCGCAGAAGAUGAUCCCCAUCAUCUACGAGGAGGUGGGCGACAGUCUCACCGAGCUCAUGAUGGACUCGUUCGGAAACUACCUCUUCCAGAAGCUUCUGGACGUGAGCAGCGUCGAGCAGCGCCGCGAAGUGCUUCGAAAGGUGAAGCACAAGAUCGUGGCCGCCUCGUUCGAUGUGCACGGCACGCGCUCCGUGCAGAAGCUGAUCCAAAUAUGCCAUGGCCAGGAGGACAUGCUGAAGGACAUCAUGGACGCGCUGCGCGGCAACAUCGCGAAGCUGAGCUCCGACUCCAACGGCAACCACGUGAUCCAGCGCUGUCUGAACCACAUGCCCGAGGAGUACAAGGUGUACGUGUACGAGGAGGUCGUGAAGAGCUGCGUGAAUAUCUCGAUGCAACGCCACGGGUGCUGCGUGGUGCAGCGCUGUCUGGACUUCGCGCCCGAGAAGUACCACAAUAUGAUGCUCGACGCGAUCGUGAACUCCGCGGUGGAGCUCAUCUGCGAUCCCUUCGGCAACUACGUCAUCCAGUACCUCAUCGAGAAGGGAAAGGAGAGCGAGAAGGAGCGGAUCGCCCGAUGUGUGCUGGGCAAGGUGGUGGCUCUGUCGUGCCAGAAGUACAGUUCCAAUGUCAUCGAGAAGAUCCUGCUGUUUGCUCCCGAGUCGGUGCGGAACGAAGUCGUAGCGGAACUCGCAGAAUGCCCGAAGCUGCGAGACGUUCUGCAUGAUAUCUAUGCGAACUACGUGAUCCAGCAGGCACUGAAGCUAGAGAGCAAGGGACAGCAGCGAAUGCUGUACAACGCAGUUCGGCCCUACGAGGAAGAACUGAGCAGGAGCACCGGCGGAAAGCACAUCCUCAACCAGUUGAACGAGAUUUCGGGCCGUCAGGGAAAUCAGGGUUGGACAAAGACAUAG